CACCCAAGCGGCCAUGCAUGGAUUAUGGAUUCACCCGACCGGCCGUUCACCGAGCAACCCCACACCCCUGGGCCCACGCCCAGUCUGGACGGCCUUGCUGGACGACGAUUCCAAUUAGCACCAACCUCACCCUCAACCGUCCUGCUGGAUGCACCCUCGUGUUUGCAGCGACGUUGACGGGCAAGCCAGCCACCGUCACAUGGUCACGUCUCACUCCACACCGCUCCCACCGCUGAAUCGCCAUUGAGACACAACCUGGCUCGCACGAAACUACCAUGUCCACUGCACGAAUCUCACCCUUCUACCGAGCCGUAUUCCUCUGGCUCGAGCCCCUCUCCAUCCUAACAGGCGCCGUCUACGCCCACUUUCUGCAACACACGUACCUAACCUUGACGCACUCUGCUACUGCACCGCCGACCAGCUCAAUCUUGGUACCCAUCUCGACUUCCAUUGUCCUAACCCAAUUAGCAAAUCUCUAUCUGGGGCUUGCCAUUUUGGAAGCUUCCAUUCUGCGCGCUUCUUCCGACGUCAAAGUGUGGAAGACUUUCAUCAUCGCCCUGCUGGUAGCCGACGUGGGCCACCUGUACUCGGUGCGCCUGGUGGGGACGUGGGUGUACUGGCAAUUCUGGCACUGGAACGCCAUUGACUGGGGGAAUGUAGGCGUUGUCUAUUUCCUGGCGGUGACGAGGAUUUGCAUGCUGAGUGGCAUCGGGUUCGGCGGCGACGAGGAGAGGAAAAAGCGAGGAUAGACGUCCGUCCAGGCUUUGCUUUCUCGGUGUAUGACAAUCGUCAACCCCAUGACAUCACGAGCCUUGCACCUCUCUUUUUUCUCGCCUACAGAUACCCAAACAGGACAUUGACAUUCCACCAUAACCCACCGAUCAGAUCACCAUGCCACAAACCUACCUCGCUACCCCAGAUCACUCCCUGCAUCCCACUCCUUGCACGCACAUCAUUUCAUGCCCAGUCGCUCUACCGCCUCCCAGGAUGCACUUCACCGCUCCCGCUCCCUCAACUUCCUCCCAUCCCACCAAACAAAGCAACCCCUUCCAAAUCCCCCCGUAGUCGCCCAAACCUCGCACAAACUCACCACCCACCCGCCGUUCACCCGCAACACAGCAGGCCUAGAAACCGGUAACCUAACCCUCCCAAGCAUGCAUGCACCUACCUACUGUAAUAAUAUGCAGCCCGCCGACCCCGA